CCUGUGGCAUCAGUAGAGCCUGGUCCCAGCUUCCUGGCCGCCAUGGCCAGGAGCUGCAGCUGGCUGAAAAUAGUGUCAUGGGGAAGGACCCAGAGGUAGAUUUUUUUCCCCACUGGAAAGCUAUUCUGAAGACACACUAAGAUUAAUAAAUCUCUUCACUAAGCCUGUUACGGAUGGACACCAUGGCUGGAAACACGGAGCCUGUUUCUUGGGGACCUUUCAUGGAAGCAGGUAGAUGAGAUAGGAUGUUGCAGACUUGCAGGAACAAACAACCUCCCUCUCCGUGUCCCCACAGCUUCAGUGGGCCUCUGCAGCACCACAGAGUGUUGCCUUGCUCCUCUUCAGGUCUUGGCUAAACCUGAGCUCAGUGCUGGGAGCAAUGCCAUCUAGGUCAGAGGGAACUUCUCAGAGGCAGCAUCACUUCUCCUCACCAUGGCAUCAGUCAUAUCUGGGACAAGGAAAGAGGGUUAGAGCUGUUCCUGGACCUCUUGGUGAGCUGGGGUUCAGCGUGGGGCUUGAGUAUGCCCCAGUGAGCAGCUGCUGGCAGAAGUGGGACAGGAAUUCCCAUGCACCCAAGAAGUAACAGAAAAUUUUAAAAUUGAGCAUUUUUUAAGUAAGUUUUCAUGACUUCUGGCCUGCUCUUAAGACAAAUACCAGUGUAUUCCUGACUCAAUCUACCAGCUUUUGCCAACUGAGUUUAUUUCUCAGGAAUAAAUGUACUGAGGAGCUGUGUGUCCUCAUAGAAGUUUGCUCACCCAAGUGCUGCACUCCAUCCUUUGUUCAAUCAUGUUUAUAAGAAAUAUCCUUGUUUAAAUGGAAAAAAAAACCCAUAUGAAAAAAACUUUAUUCUUGCUUUCUCUGCAUGCAGAGUACAUGUUUGUCAGGACAUGUGCCUUGUGACAAGUUGACAAGUUAAGAGAGAACAUUUUGGGGAAGGGAAACUUCUGACAGCUCAUACCUGACAGAUGAAUGCAUUGUAACACUCCCAAUGGGCCUGAUCCUCACUGGGAGAAGGUAGCACCUGACUCUGGUCACGAUAUGCUGAUUUACAACAAAAAAAAAUGUGUCUGAAAGAGUGACAGAAAGCAGUGGUGGACAGCCUCCAAAGAGGCUUUGCAUCUUGUCACCCAAAACAUGCUCAGGAGAUGGCCCUUGCUGCAGACAACUGUCAUGUAUCAACUCACACAUCACAUGCGAGUGUCACAAGAAGACUAAGCAAAGGGGGAGUGUUGGGAGGAGAGGCGGCAGAGGAACAUGUAAUACAGGCCCUUGGACAGAUAGGAAAAACUGGAUUUGCAUUUCAAGUUUUCAGCGUCCCAAAAGGCAGUGAUCUUCCAGGAGGGAAGCCUGAUGGCCCAGGGCUGUCCCUUCACUUGUAGGGGCAGGGUGCAGGGAUGCUCCAUGAGCAGUUCUCCAUUUUCUCUCUCAUAAGUUUCAUGCAGCAUCCCAUGGCCUUAAAGGUAGAAGACAAAGGUGAAGACAAAGGACAUAUUUUGUCUCCAAUUCUUCAUGUCUUCCAUUUGUCUGAUAUUCCCUCCUAUUAAUUACUUCUUUACAGAAAAGAGAUUUCAGCAGCAUCAUACUCUACAAACCAGGCAGGCAGCCAGCGCUCUGUAAACCCCCAACCUGCAGCUGAACAGAAAGAUGAGAGCUUUUACUGUCAAAAGACUGCUCAGAGAGAUCAGUGUCCAUCCAACUCUUAGCUACCAUUGGAAACAUCACAUAUCAAGAGAUCCACAGCUGAAACUAUGAAAGACAUAAACACAUAAACACAUCUACAUUCAAAGGCCCUUACUCAAAACUGAACUGGGAUGCAACAAACCAGCCCCCACAUUCACAAAAAAAAAAAAAAAAAAAAAAAAAAAAAAGAAUAAAGAAAAGACAGAAAGAAAGAAAGAAGGAAGGGGAAAUUCAGAUUAGUCACAAAGAAGUUCCCCUGCCUGCCUCUGUGCACAUAAAACCCUCUCCUGAAGGCAGCGUGUUCAUUUCAUUUCUGCUCCUGGGGCAGGAGCACCUAUCUCAUCCGCUUUGUGCUCCACAGGCCCUCCUGUGCUCCUCGUCCCUGCCCUGUUGGCAGAGAUGGAAGAACAGUCAGAUACGGAAUUGAGAAAGCACAACGAUCAGAAGGACUGUGAAAAGGAGCCUGCUGGCAUCGUGAGUGAUGAUGAGUGGAAGGGCUGGCAAAAAGGACAGGCUAAGAGGAACACGCUGUACCUCGUGUCUGCAGCCACUCAGUGGAUAUUACUGCUUGCCUGCUUGAUUUACCUUGGUACAGAUUCUCUGCAACUCUGGACGCCUCACAGUGACAAAGUCAAGUGGACCUUCAUCCGGUACACAGGCCAAAGCAUUGCAGGAGUGGCCAUGAAUCUCAGUGCUGAAUUUACCUCCAUUCCUGUCAUAAAUGGCUCCAUCGUGAUCCCCUGUGAUGGCCUCUAUGUGGUGUCCCUAAAGGGUGUUUUUUCUCCUGACCUGGAGAAGGGCUCACUGAAGCUGAUGAUGCAGAAUACAGAAAACAAGAAUGCCCCACCCCUCUGGGAGCGAGAUGUCCAGAACAGCAGCAACGCGGUAGAUCUCAUCACGAUACUCUACUUGUUUGCUGAAAAUAACAUCAUCCUGUCAACCAGCUCGAACGCCACAAUCCAGCAUUUGACAUUUAGCCUUGUUCUACUAAAUCCCAUUUUUUGCAACUCAUAGAUGAAGGCAUGAAACAUAAAACAUAAAGUACAGCUUUUCCUACUGAUCCAUUUGAACGUAGGAGGCUUGUUCCCCAGGCUGUACUUGUACAGGCAGACUCCCUCCUUGGGGCUGUGGAAAGCCUCAGCUGGGGUGCAGAUAAAUCACAAUGCAAACAGGCUUCAUAUAGCGCACGCAUCUCUUUGGAGCUCUACGCAGCUAGGAUGGAUCCUUCUAACACUCAACAAAGGGGUGUGUGAAGCCAUUGAGGACAACAGAGAUGAAAGCCAAAGAAAUGUAUCCGAGCUUCGUUCAUAUUCAGAGAAACCCUGGGUGUCUCUAGUCACUUGGCAGUACCUGUAUAUAAUACAAACGCGCUGUAUAUUUGCUAAAAUUAAGUGCUAAAUCAGGAAGAUACGCCAGGAAGAUACUGCCUUUGCAGAGAACUGGGUAAAUGCUCUCUGGCAGGUAAAGGCCAUAAAGGGAAGGUGGGCUUCCAAAAGAAGCUAACAGGACUCAACUGGACUGCAGGAAGGUCCUGCAGCUACCUUGGGAUCUGUAGGAGCAGCUAUGAGAGAGAAGGCUCGCAGGCCAUCCCAGCUGUCUGCAGAGUAUUGAUCCUGAGCCAUGUGUCAGGUAGGAUGUUUACAUCUUGAUGCCAGGUCUCAGAGGUGUUAGUCUGAAGGAGAAUCUCCCUCAAAAACACACACACAGAAUGGCUCAACCCAAAAGUGAUCCAGGUACAUGAAGUUUGGGAAGAAGCAUGAAGGCCUUUCACUUGGUAACUUCUCUCUGACGGACCAAGUGGAACCCGAAGGUCUGCACAUCUCCUCAGGGAGGACCGGAUAGGCCCGAAGAGUCUUGCUAUGAAGGUGUGCACCACAAAGAGGUUCACAACCCAACUUCCAUGACACAUCUGUGCAUCAUAUGUACCCUGCCUGGCUUCUGCCAGAAUCCAGAGACAGGCUGUUCCUGGCCACUGGACCAGGAGCCCAUGUUGCAGACAGCAGCUACUGAGGACAACACUGUCUGUGCCCUGAGCACAGCAGGCAGCUGUGGCAUUUCUGAUUGAACUAGGGCAGAUUUUAAGGACAAGUUGACCAUCUGGCUUCCAGUGAACCCCAGCAACAUUUCAGCAUCUCCUCGCUGACUGUACGCUCCAAAGUCUAUUAUUAAAGGUAUUUAUGUAUUUAUA